AUGAAAAGACAGGAUCGCAUCAGUGCCGAAGGAAAAGCAUUUUCGUUGUUGUUGAGUGCUGUCGCUAAUGAAAUGGAUCGACUGCUCUACAAAAGUAACGUGAUGUUCAAUGGUGCGCCAACGGUGCCUCCGGAUGCCCUGAUCUCCGUAAUGGCCGCUCAGCUCAACCAAAUUACCACUGAAAAUCCUGGAUCGGCGACAUCGACGAAGACCACUGAGCAUUAUCUGCUAGCGAAAUCACUGAUCCAGCUUGCUCGAUGGUUGCAAGCUCAGCCGACACUGAUGCAAGCAGCAAUGUGCCACUCAGCUCGUCUCGCUUUUCAUGUCUUCGGUGUUGAACAAUCUCGAUUACCACUUACUGGACGCUCUGCACCACAGCUGGCCAAGGCACAUUUGGAACUUGGCAACUGGGCAUUCAACGCUGCCACCAGUGCACAUGGUGAAGCGAGACUUUCGUUCGCAGACGAGGAAUGUGAUAUGAUCAGAUUUUACAUAAAAAAAGUAUCCAUUGAAGCGGAUGUUUUACCAACCUGUAAAGCCAUCAUCGGCACCAAACUUGAUCAGCGGGCAUGUGCUGCAAUGUUCGGUGAGGGCAAUGUUGUUUCUCGCAUCUGGAAAGGAGCCAAUGCCCGACUUUUGGCGUAUUGCAAUUCAGCAACACGUUCUUAUUUCACUUAUAUCGCUAUGUGUGGACGUCAAAUGGAUAAGGGAACAAUUGGAACGGUUCGAGCAACAUUACGAAUUUUGCAUUUAUUAAUAACGCAUCAUGACGCACUGCGCCAUCUGAUAUUGAACGAAAUGCUGCAAACAAACGAAUUGCUCUGGAAGGAUAUCCUCCCCCAACUGUUCGCACGUCUCAAUCAUCCGGUACGUGGUGUGCGUGAUACGCUGUGCACAAUUCUGGAGCGAAUUGCAGCCUCGGCACCACAUGCCCUGUGCUAUCCGGCAAUUGUUGGCGCUACACAGCCAAUUGUUGUACACUGUGGCGAUGGAGGUGAUGAUGAUGUGGACGCGGAACGAGUUGAUUUUGCGGAAUAUUUGGUAACGCGAAUGGAAGCAAUGUACCCGGAACUUGUAAAAGAUGUCACUGAAUUUGUUAAGGUCUAUCGCAUUCUCAAUGAUCUAUAUGCGAAAACGUGUACAAGCGUAGCUGCAACAGUGAAUGAGAAACAGUUCCGUGAUGCAUAUGGAAUGCUUAUUGAUGAAGCUCUCGAAACACUUCGAGCAGCCAAAAGUGAACCACGCAAAGCAUGGGCACCUUUCAGACAAUAUUUGGUAACGCGAAUGGAAGCAAUGUACCCUGAACUUGUAAAAGAUGUCACUGAAUUUGUUAAGGAACUUCAACGAAUUGAUAUGUUGCAUGAAGAGCGCUGGAUUUUUGUUCUGUCAAAUCUCGACUAUGAAAUGAAUCGCCGAAUUGCACAAAUCGAAGCGGAAAAAGCGAAAACUCUGUCGAACUCUUAUUUGACCAUUGAGCAGAGGCGGGAGCUCAUAGAUGAGAAAACAGUUAUUCUCACAUCGCCGUUGCUAACUCAAUUAAGCAGUCGGUCGAACCGGCGAUUGCUGAUGGGCUUACAGAUGGCCGAUAUUGCGCCUGCACUCGCAACAUUCAAUCAUCGACUCAUACCUCUACCGGGACAGGAACACAAGAAUUUUGCUGACGUUGUAAUGUUAGAACGAAUCAGCAAGCAAACAGUUAUUUUGCCGACAAAAACGCGACCACGAAAACUAGUUUUUCAUGGAUCGGAUGGCAAAGAGUUACUGUUACGCAUCUGUAAUAUGAUGCUGGCAGAAAAAGAAAGAGACUGGCCUUCUUACACAGCUCAGCAUUAUUCGGUAACACCACUGGGCUCACGUUCGGGCCUUAUCGAAUGGGUUGAAGGAGCAACAUCCAUUUUUCAAGUCUACAGAAAAUGGCAACUCCGUCAGGCGCCUGCGAGUGAAAUUGAAAGACCAAGCGAACUUUUCAUGAAAAAACUGAAAGCAUAUUUCCUCGCCAACAAAUUGCCAUUGCAAUCGCUUGCUGAUCGUCAAAAAUGGCCGCACACGGCGUUGAAGAAUGUUAUUCAGGAGCUGAUCGAUGAAACUCCAAAGGAUCUUCUUUCAAGCUGUGGUUUCGUGCUGGAAGCCCAGACACGUGGUUCCGUGUAA